CCGCAGUCGGGCCUCGGUCGCCACGGUAACGCGCGCGGGCAGGUGUCCGACCAUGAGCGUCCGGGUCGCGCGGGUAGCGUGGGCCCGGGGCUUGGGCGCCAGCUACCGCCGCGGCGCCUCGACCUUCCCGGUGCCUCCGCCGGGAGCCCAGGGUGUAGCGGAGCUGCUGAGAGAUGCGACCGGGGCGGAGGAGGAGCCCUGGGCGGCGACGGAGCGGGGAAUGCCGGGCCAGUGCUCCGUGCUGCUCUUCCCGGGCCAGGGCAGCCAGGUGGUGGGCAUGGGCCGCGGUCUGCUCAACUACCCGCGCGUCCGCGAACUCUACGCCGCCGCCCGCCGCGUGCUGGGCUAUGACCUACUGGAGCUGAGCCUGCACGGGCCGCAGGAGACCCUGGACCGCACCGUGCACUGCCAGCCCGCGAUCUUCGUGGCAUCGCUGGCCGCUGUCGAGAAACUACAUCACCUGCAGCCCUCGGUGAUUGAGAACUGUGUUGCUGCUGCUGGAUUCAGUGUGGGAGAGUUUGCAGCCCUAGUGUUUGCUGGAGCCAUGGAAUUUGCUGAAGGUUUGUAUGCCGUGAAAAUCCGAGCUGAGGCCAUGCAGGAAGCUUCAGAAGCUGUCCCCAGUGGGAUGCUGUCUGUCCUCGGCCAGCCUCAGUCCAAGUUCAACUUUGCCUGUUUGGAAGCCCGGGAACACUGCAAGUCUUUAGGCAUGGAGAACCCCGUAUGUGAAGUGUCCAACUACCUCUUUCCAGAUUGCAGGGUGAUUUCAGGACACCAAGAGGCUCUACGGUUUCUCCAGAAGAAUUCCUCUAAGUUUCAUUUCAGACGCACCAGGAUGUUGCCGGUUAGUGGUGCAUUCCACACCCGCCUCAUGGAGCCGGCCGUGGAGCCCCUGACGCAAGUUUUAAAGGCAAUCGACAUUAAGAAGCCUCUGGUUUCUGUCUACUCCAACGUCCACGGGCAUAGAUACAUGCAUCCCGGGCACAUCCAGAAGCUGCUGGCCCAGCAGCUGGUCUCCCCGGUGAAGUGGGAGCAGACGAUGCAUGCCAUAUACGAAAGGAAAAAGGGCAGGGGGUUCCCCCAAACUUUCGAAGUAGGCCCUGGCAGGCAGCUGGGAGCCAUCCUGAAGAGCUGUAACAUGCAGGCCUGGAAGUCCUACAGCGCCGUGGAUGUGCUGCAGACCCUCGAACAUGUGGACCUGGACCCUGAGGAGCCCCCGAGAUGACUGCAGGGGCCUCAAAUGGGAUGACCCCCUCUGUCCUCCUGAGGAGAGGCUGUAGGCUGUGCCUGCCACACCCUCCCUUCCUAAUGGCUCCUCCUCUGAGGAGUGAAAGGGAUUUGUUUGCAAUGUGCUUUGAAGGCCACAUAAAAAGCCCUAACAAUAAGUAUUUCUUUACAUGACCCAGUCCAUUUCCCCCCCUUGGAAAAACGUUUGGAUGUUGGGAAGAAUGAUGCCACAGGGCUGGUGUGUGGCGAAGCUGGAAGCCCGGCCCCGCCUCUGCCAGCCCUGCACCAUAGGUGGGUGUGCCGUCUCAGCGGGAAGGGGAGGACUGGCUGCUGCAGCCUGCCCUGCUCUGUGAGUGCUGGGAACAUGCUGGUGUGGCCUCAAGUUCGGUCACUGCCAGGGGAGCCCCUCCACCACCCCCAGCCUGCCCCCCUGGGCUCCUUUGUUACAAAUCUGAAAGGUUUUAGAACCCA